GGCAACAAUUUUCAUAUCGGAUUCCGACGCCGUCUCGGCGUUCACGCCCCCCAGCGCCUAUAUAGCUGCACACCCCGGCCCGUCGGCUUCCUUCCAAUCAAUCCAACGUAAGGACUCUGACUGUCUGACGUAGUACGCCCCCACACCACGACGACCACGACGAGCGCCACCGGCACGCCGGCCAUGGAGACGGAGGAGGACGACCAUCGCCUGCACCCCCGCACGCGCACCAUCGCCGACCUGCUCAACCAGCUCGACCAGAUCCACUCCACCUCGGCGACAAGAACCACCGGCGGCGGCGGCGGCGUGGCGCCUGCCUCGGACGAGGCGAUCGAGGCGCUCAAGGACGUCACCGGCGACAUCGAUCAGCUACCGGCGGAGUGCGCGAUCUGCCUCCACGGUGGCCUGGACGCGGCGGCGGCGCCCGCGGGGUGGAAGGAGAUGCCGUGCGGGCACCGGUUCCACGGCGGGUGCCUGGAGAAGUGGCUGCGCGCGCACGGCACCUGCCCCAUGUGCCGCCACCAGAUGCCGACCACUACCGCGCCGCCGCCGCCUGCAGCCGAGCAGGAGGAUUAUCUGGAUGGUGAUGAGGAGGAGGACGCCGGCGACGACGACGAGGUGGAGGCUGGUGUGGGGCCGCUGCCGUUGGAGUUGCGAGUGGUGGUAGCGCACUCGAGCGGCGGCUAUGGAGGAGUGGCGGCGUCGGCUUCGACUACGAGGCGGCUCCUUGCAUGGAGCACGACAAUCUAAACAAAGUAGCAAAACUGUCGAUUGACCAUAUGUAUAGUAGGUAGACCAUGAGAGGUGCUUUGUCAAUUAAUCCACCAUUUUUGUUUCAGUCUUCUUUAGCUUG